UCCGCGGUCGGCCAAGUCAGUUCUCGGUGGUACCGCGAUCAGGUCACUCGUGCUUUCGCGUCGCCGGUUGUCUGGUUAUCGUUUGCCCAACGUCGUCGUGUGCAACACCAUCUGCAACCCCCUAACGAAAGGGCGACGACUCGAUAUCGUGCGAUUUGUGGACCCAGAAUCGUCCACAGGGUCCCGACGAGUACGUUUCAUCCGGGGUUACCCUGUGAACAGGCGAGCAUCGAAGAAUACCUGAAACUGGUCUCAAACUGGACAACCUUAAACUCGAUCACCUUGGAUAGCCGAAGUUUCGCGCGAGGAUCGAGGCGAGCCAGCGGGAUUCGCGAGCUAUCAUGGAUGUCCAGUUGUCAGUGUGGAAGAAUCGAAUCGUGAAAUGCAAUUGACUCGAGGAACCGACACGCGUCUAGGAAUUUGUCACUGAUAGUACAGGGAUCCGUGAGAGGUAGCUGGUUCCUCGUAGCUGGAAAACGUCGCAGUUUUCUUUAAGAAAUGGAGGACACAAGCGCCGUGUCAACGCCACCGAAGACUUCCUUGGAGCUGACAACGCGACGAACGCAGUUUCAAACGCAAGCUUCGACGCUGGACACGAGAAGAAGGCAAGCGGUAUGCGUGAGAAGAGCCUGCAAGAAAUAUGGCCCGAAGAACAACCCUAACGUCAUCCUGGAUGGGUUGAGCAUGACUGUGCCGAAAGGCACGAUAUAUGGUAUGCUGGGUGCAAGUGGUUGCGGGAAGACCACGCUGUUGUCCUGCAUCGUUGGUCGCAGACGUUUGGACUCUGGCGAGAUUUGGGUGCUCGGUGGCAGGCCAGGAUCCAAAGGAUCGGGUGUUCCUGGUCCACGGGUGGGUUACAUGCCCCAAGAGAUCGCCCUCUACGGUGAAUUUUCCAUCAGGGAGACCUUCAUUUAUUUCGGUUGGAGCGCCGGUAUGACGACGGACCAAGUGGACGACAAGCUGGAGUUUCUCAUAAAAUUCCUGCAGCUGCCAUCGGAGCAUCGUUUCGUGAAGAACUUGUCCGGUGGCCAGCAGAGGAGGGUUUCCUUCGCGGUGGCUCUUCUCGCCGAUCCGGAAUUGCUGAUCCUGGACGAGCCCACCGUGGGCGUGGACCCUGUGCUACGUCAGAGCAUCUGGGACCACUUGGUUCACAUCACCAAGGACGGCCACAAGACGAUCAUCAUCACCACCCACUAUAUCGAGGAAACGAGACAGGCUAGUAUAAUCGGCUUGAUGAGAGGCGGCAGGUUCCUGGCCGAAGAAUCCCCAACGAAAUUAAUGGAGAUGCACAACGUGGACAGUCUGGAGGAGGUGUUCCUGAAGCUCAGCAAACGACAGAACAUGGGUCUUCGAAGAAGAAGCAGCAUCCUCAGCAGCGUCACUGGCGUUCCUCCGGAAAACAACGCCGACGACGAAAUGAGCGGCGAAUUCGGCGACAACGUCAGCGUCUCCAGUCGAAGACGGGUAGCCACCAUCGAGAAUGGAAACUUACCGGAGUUGCCCCCGGAAGAGAAAGGUUCGAACAAAUUCCAAAUGGUGAACCCUCUACACAUGAAGGCUCUUAUAUGGAAGAACUUCCUGUGGAUGUGGAGGAACGUAGGAAUAAUGCUGUUCAUCAUCGGUCUUCCGGUCGCCCAGAUCGUCUUAUUCUGCCUGUCCAUUGGUAAGGACCCGAUAGGCUUGAAAAUAGCGAUAGUCAACCACGAACUGAACAACACCAUGGACCCUUGCGUGCCAAGCGUUGGCUGCGACUGGACCCGAUUAAGUUGUCGAUAUCUUGAGCAUCUAGAGAAGACGUCUGUAGUCUUUCAGCCAUACGACACGGACGCUGAGGGGAAAAACGCCGUCGAACGAGGCUGGGCCUGGGCCGCCAUAUCCUUCCCCGCGAAUUACAGCGAAUCUCUCGCGGUCAGAUUAGAAGAUGGCAAAGACGCUGACGAUUGGAGCAUCACGUAUUCGAACAUGGACGUCGUCAUGGAUAUGUCCAAUCAACAAAUCGGCCAACUUCUUCAGAGAUCCCUUUACCUAUCGUAUCAGGAGUUCGCUCAGGACGUGACUGUGGCUUGCAAUUACAGCAAGAGAUAUGCAAAAAUCCCGUUGGAUUUUCACACGCCAAUUUAUGGCCCCGAGUCGCCUAACUUCACAGAUUUCGCAGCACCAGGAGUUAUCUUGACAAUUAUCUUCUUCCUGUCGGUUGCUCUAACUUCCGGCGCCAUGUUGCUGGAAAGAAACGAGGGUCUCCUGGAAAGAAGUUUGGUCGUCGGUCUCACCGGAACGGAAAUCCUUUUUGGACAAGUCAUAACCCAGUUCGUAGUCAUGUUGGGACAAUCGAUCAUGGUUUUAGUAUUUGCCUUCGUGAUCUUCAAGAUCACUUGCGAGGGCGAUACCGGUUGGAUCGCCGCGUUAACUAUCCUCACUGGAUUCUGUGGGAUGUGUUUCGGAUUCGUCGUUGCUGGCGUUACAGAAGAAGAAAGGAGCGCCACCUACAUGGUAAUGGGUUCCUUCCUACCCAUUAUAAUGUUGUGCGGAAUAAUCUGGCCCAUUGAAGGGAUGCAUUACGUGUUGAGGUGUAUUAGCUCUUUUCUGCCAUUAACGAAAAGUACAGAAUCGAUGAGAGUUAUGCUGGCCAGAGGCUGGCCAAUCACCAACCCCACCGUUUACACCGGUUUUAUUGCCACUUUUCUUUGGAUAAGCGUAUUUUUGACACUUUCGAUACUGAUAAUUAAAUUUAAAAAAGGUUAAAGAGACUUUGACGUUUAAAUUAUAUUGGCAUACUUUUAUACAUGCUAAACCACGCGACAGGUAUGCGUGAGUGAACUUAUUCUGUAGCAAAAAAUUUGCUGCGUCCGACGAAACGUGUGACGCUCCUCUAACCUUAAAGAUGACACAAAGCAUUUGAUAGUGAGCUCUCGUUAAACACGUUUAAAGAAUGAGUCUCGUUUAUGAUAUGUACAUUGGGGGAAAGAAUGAAUGUAUUAAAAGUGUAACGUAUCCUUUGCUCAAUACGGUUGUAUUAUAUUUAUUGUAUGUACUUCCGUAUCAUUACGGAAUAAUGGCGGUACUAUUUGUACAGUACAAUGAUAAGUAGGCUCUUAACAACGUAAUACGAAUUUAUGACUGUGUAAUCGACAUCUUUUUAUCG